AUGUCUCCACGGGCGCGGCAUUUCCGUUUCAAGCGCCGCGCACGAGCCGUGCGAUGCGCGCUCGUCGCGCUCUGCGCCGCCCUCGCCGGCGCGGUCGUCACCGCGACGUUCGAUGUGCUCGGAUGUCACGAUAACGGCGUCGUCGGCACGAUCGUCGGCGCGGGCGUCGAAGGAAUGCGUGACGGACGGUUUGAAAAGAGUUUUCUGCGCGCGCCCGCCGGCGCGGCGUGCAACGCGACGGUGUGCUACGUCACAGAGAGUGGGAAUAACGCGGUGAAAACCAUCAAUAUAGCGAAGAGUGAGAUGGUGAUGUAUGCGGGAUCGACGGCGGGCACGGCGGGGUCGACGGACGGAAAGGCGAAGGCGUGCGCGGAGAAAGGCGAGACGCAGGCGUUGUUUAAACAGCCGGCGAGCGUCGUGCUCGUGUCGCAGUCGAGCUCGUAUUACGCGGCGGGAGAUGUGCUGGUGGUGGAUAGCGGUAAUAACGCCAUCAGGCGAGUGUCGGGGGAUGACGUGAGCACGUUGAUCACGGGACUGGCAUUUGCACCGACGGCGAUGGUAUUCGACGAGAGCGACGGGGCGAUUUAUUUUCUAGGAUCGUCGCAGAAUCAUGUGUCCAAGAUAGCGUACGGGUCUGGGACGGUGUCAACGUACGCGGGCAGUCAAGGGACGUCGGGACUCGUCGACAACGUCACUCCCUCGAGCGCACGCUUCAACGCUCCUGAAGGCUUGGCGCUGGAUGGCGCGAAUCGCAUAUUAUACGUAGCAGACACCGGAAACCACGCCGUUAGGGCGAUCGACUUAUCCACCGGAGCGGUAACGACAGUACUGGGCGAUGGGACGAUUUCUGCAAGCGGUGCGGUACUCGAUUCUGACGGUAUACUUUCCACCCCAGCACGCUUCAACUACCCGGCGGGGAUCGCGUAUAACCUCGAUUCCAGCCUCAGCAGCGGUGUUCUAUUAGUCACGGAUCGGGGAACGCAUCAGAUUCGUAAAAUAAUUCUCACGGAUGCAACAGCAUCGAAUGCUGCGACGGUGGUGACGGUGGCCGGAAGCUACACCGGAACCUCUGGUUUCCGAGACAGUACCGUGGGAAGCGCGGCGUUGCUAAACAAGCCGGUGUCCAUUUCAUACGUCAGCGGUUCAACAUACGUGGUUGUCGACCAAGACAAUCACGCAAUUAGAAAAGUCAGUUUAGAGGCACCGGUACAGAUCACGUUCACGAUGCAAUCGGUGGCGGAUAUCGAGAAGACGGAACAAAGUCAUGAUUUGGUGAUAGAGGAGUACGGCUCGUAUUCUGUCAACGGACCUCCGUACAAUGAGACUACGCACUUCUCGGGUGUUUUGACGUAUUUUGGCGAGAUACACGAGCUCGUCAUGUGCGCUUAUCCAUCGGUUGAAUACUUUGUGAAAUUCGAAGGCGCCAUGCAAGCCACGGUCAAGGAUGCGAGUUAUUUGUACUUCGGGUACACGGGCGCGACGGUGGAUAACAGCUUGGCACGCACCUUUCGGAUUCGUGGACCGGGAUGCACGGACGCUUCGGCGCCUAAUUAUAAUCCGUUCGCCACGAGUGAUGACGGUUCGUGCGUGAGUGGGGUACAACUUCGCUUCACCGUCGGAGCGUACGGCGUCAUAGAUCAUGCUGUUUACGAAUUCGAAGGACCAGGAUUUUACAUCUCAGACUCUUUCGAAAGCGGAAGUGGGGAAGCUCAUUACGAACAAUCGAUAGAUUUCGACUUCAUGGCAUAUCCAGGAGCGGUGUACAUUGCAACUUUUUACGGUGCACUGAAUGCUUCGUUAACCACCGUGUCCGGCCAGUCGGGCUUGGGAGCGACGUUGAUCACAUACUGGACCUACACGUCGAGUCAAGCCAGCGACCAGAGUGUGCAGCGAGCUCGGGUCAUUGGGCCAGGGUGCAUCGACCCAUCGUAUCCAUCGUAUGAUCAGUAUGCUUUGGCCUCGGACGAAGUGAAUGCAUGUACCUUUGCGAGCACCAUGCGCGUCGUUCUCAACGCCAGCGCGUCGGCAGAGUCGUGGUACGAUUUUGGCUCCAUCGUAGGCACCUCGGACCAAGUCGCUUCGGUCGAUGGGAUCUCAUUGGACAACGCUACGGAUCAAUUUGUUUUGGAUAUGUCGGUAACUCCCGGCGUGUACGAGUUUGAAUCGUACGGAGAUGUUUCGGGGGCAAUUCAACAAUAUGACUCUGGUUCUUACACGAACCUUCGCACUUGGCUCGGCACUGAUAGUUCACUCAGAACCGAUUCAUACGGAUUUUCAACCACAACAGACUCAGAACGUAUCACAGUCUCGUUCCCGUUCACGUUUUCACUGAAUAUCGGCGCGAACGGUGUGGUGGGAUAUGCUGGUGGUGUACUCGUUGGCGAUGACGGUACGUCAAGCGUGACCUUCGUCGAAGGUUCGGUUCCGGCGCUAGCCACCAUUACAUCGACGUUUACACAAGUCGCAUCGUCGACCUCGAUAAAGAAUUCUUUAUGGUACACGUCGAACACUAAUAUUCUUGGCGUGUCAACGUACGUCAUGGCACUCACGCCCACUGGAUACCAGCUAGCCGUCUCUGCUGCGCUUUCGCUAAAGUAUGACAAAACUGGAGUGCCGUCGCAAGAAGGUAACGAAAAUAUAGUCCUUUUCAAGGCUUCAGACAGCACAAUGCAAGAUGCUAUCACUUUGUAUGGUGCUACUUUCGACGCCGCAAACGGCAUCGCCUCGGCAACGAUUGAUUCCAUGGGUACUUACGGCGUCGCGUUUAGAGCAACGGUGAGAAGUAUCUCGCCGCCGCGUGGCUGGCUCGACGGAGACGUCACGGUGACGUUGGAUGGUGUCGACUUUUCGUCGCUGAGUACCGUAAAUACGGUAACAACGUAUCAAAAGUGUCGAUGGGGUGAGACCUUCACAGUCGCAACCACUGUAGCUUCGAGUGAUACUCGAUCACAGCUUUCAGGCUCGGACAGCACCAUCCUGGGUACGAAGAUAAAUGCCGUGUCCUGCCAGUCACCGGUGGUGGCAUACGCUGGAUUUACUAUCGUAGAGUUCCAUGACUCACGGAAUGGCAUGUCGAGUGACACCAGAUUUGUUUACUUACAAACCGCAUCUCCACAAGUUCGAGCUGUCGUCCCGCCAGAAGGCGUCUCGUCUGGUGGAACCGUCGUCUCGUUAUCCGGUUCAUUUCUCAGAGCUGGCGCCGUGGCGUCUGAUUGGGAAAAAUACGAUCUAGACACCACAUUCUUCGCAAAUAGCGGACCAACCACAGUAUCUUGCGUCUUUGGCUCAACAACGUCGAGUGGCAUCGCCGUGUCUUCUGCGUUCGCUCGAUGUGAGAGUCCGCCGUCGACCACGACUGCGUCGAAGACGUUGCGUGUUGGUGAUUUAUCCCAUCAAGUGGCUGGAUAUGGCGUCUACACGUACGUUACUGAUUUCGAUGCCGGCAUCACAACGUCAGCGUAUGAAGAUCAUAGCGGAGACAGCUCGUUUACCGAUGGUGGAGUCGUGGUGGACUUGUACGCUGCGACAGGAUCUCUCACAAAACAGCGCAACUCCUUCUACGACUGGAGGUGCUUGUUUGGCACCGUCAGCGUGGCGGCGAGACGCAAACCUUACGGCGACUUGAGCUGUGUUUCUACAUCGAUAGCUAGAGGAACAACUGUGGACGUGCGACUGGUGGGUCCUCUCGGGGAACACUCUCUUUUGCUCGGUAACAUCACCGCCGCUACGAUUGCGAGUACGUACGUCGACUCGAUUGUAACUCUUCCAGGAACUCCAAAGAUAGUGGAAACGAUCACUAUCAUCGAGAGAGCGAUAUCUCCGCCAGUCUGGGAGCCUCUGAAGUGGGUUAGCACCGCUCACGCACUCGUUGCGACACCAGGCGGAAGUUGGUCUGGUACAAGUCAAGGAUACGGCCAUGGUACGUAUGGCGUCGCAAAUUGUACCUUCACCACGGAUGCGGGCGUCGUCACGACGAGGGUAGCGAACAUCAUAUCGUCUGCGCUCGUGGUAUGCGAGGCGCCUAUCACUGCGGCGGAAGAAUGGUAUUCACUUACUAUUACGAGCAACGGUGUAUCAUCUGGAUCCCCAAGGACGUCGCUCAAGGCUUGGUACGAACCUGUGACUCGAUCGGGGAGCUACUCGCUCGGCGACGUCGUCGACGCGUGGCUGCCUUCGGCAACCGCCGGCGGAGUCGUUAUUCGACCGUAUUUCUUACCCUCAAGCGCCUCAUCAGUUUCUACGCUGUGUUAUUUCGGCGUUUCUAUAGAUCCAGUGGCGUACUCAUCCAGCGUGUGCACCGUUCCCAGGUCGCUCUCUCCAGGCUUCGUCGCCAUCACUUUGGGCGUCGCCUCGGUCGGACCAAGUUUUGCGCAUCAGAUCGAGAUUCUUGAGCCCGUGCACGCGAGCAUGGUUUUACCGAGAUUCGUCGACGCUAACGGUGGAUCGAUCGUGGACAUUAUGGGUAGAGAUUUAUACUCCGGACCUGGCGCGAUGCUCAUAUACUGUGCGUACAAGGAUUCUUCAACGAUAAUCGAAGCCGUCUUCGUCUCGUCGGGGCUGUUGAAGUGCGAGACGGGGCUCAGCAGCAACACCAUCUACCGCGAUCAGAAAGAUUUGGGAAUCGGUCGAUACGGUGACUUCUACGGUACCGAGCCGAUCGAACUUUCGUUGUCACCGGGAAAGGGUACUAUAGCUCUUGCAGCGAACGUGUUCGGCUUGCAAACUCUGCUGACGCCCACGGUGACGGCGGUUUCCCCCGUCGCGUCGUCGGCGCAAGGCGGCGCCAUCUUCGCCGUGACUGGUACACAAUUCGCCUCGCAAACUGGCUAUGCGAAUUGCGUCUUUGGCAACGUCUUCGUGGCGGCCAUGGUCUACAACUCCACGUACGCCGAUUGCGUGGUGCCAUCGCUGUAUCCGAUGCGAACGUACGACGUCUCCUUCGCCGUGACGGGUUCGGCCGGGCAGCGCGAGUUGGACGUAGGAUUCGCCUACGCCAACGGCACCGCGCUCGCAUUCAGCGCAUACUAG